UUGAGUCGAUCUUUUUGGACAUGAUUAUAGGGCAUAAGGGCUUGUGAUGGUUAUUGGCUGAUGAUUUCAGCUUUUGUUGAAUGUUAGUUGCUUUCUUUUCUUAAAUGGAUCCGGUGUAGCUGCUAAUUUGAGUUGAUUGGUGAGAAUUUUGUGAGAGGAUGUAUCUGGUUCAAUUUCUGCUGAAAGUACUGAUUGUGCGUUGCCUCCCUUCUUUUGCUGAGAUAUAUUUUAAUUUCACAGUUUCACCUCGGUUCUUGAUUUUGCUUCAGCUGAGCAUGCUUGUAUAAUUAGAUCUGUGGAAGUUAAGUUGUUGGAUCAAUGCAAGUGGUCUGUUUGGCAGUUCCAGAAUGUCCAGCUUAGAGGAGCCGAUAGGUCUCGACAACCUGCCAAACUUGAACUAUGUUGGUAGGCUUCAAAGAUGCACUUCUAGUGGUUGCAGGCCUAGAUUAAAUGAAACAGAAAUGGGUAAUUGCUUGAUUGAAGGCAGAGAAUGCAGCUCUUCUAACAGCUGCGAUGAAGAAUAUGCCUGGAGAAGGCAGCCAAGGGAUAAGUUUGGCAGAGAUCCCAUAAUUUUGAAGGCCUCAUGCAUUGGUAAAAGUCGAAUGGUCUUUGACAGUGUUUGUGAUUCAUGGCAUCUGCAAGAUCAUUGCUAUAGUUCAUCAUGCAAUAACACAGAAAUAAGAGGUCUAGCAAACAAGUUUUUAAAAGGUCUGCCAAAAUUUGUAAAGAUAGUGGAAGUUGGUCCAAGGGAUGGUUUACAAAAUGAAAAGAUCACCAUAUCCACAUCUGUAAAGAUUGAAUUGAUACAGAAGUUGGCGUCCUCUGGAUUGCCUGUCGUAGAGGCUACGAGUUUUGUCUCUCCAAAAUGGGUACCACAGCUGGCAGAUGCAAAGGAUGUCAUGAAAGCAAUUAAAGAUGUAGAGGGUGCACGGUUUCCAGUCUUAACUCCCAACCUUAAAGGAUUUGAGGCUGCUGUUGCAUCAGGUGCAAAGGAAGUAGCAGUUUUUGCCUCAGCAUCUGAGUCCUUUUCUUUAUCAAACAUCAAUUGUAGCAUAGAAGAGAGUCUCAAUCGUUAUCGUGAUGUCACCCACGCUGCAAAAAGACUUUCAAUUCCUGUUCGUGGGUAUGUGUCAUGUGUUGUCGGGUGUCCAGUAGAAGGAUCGGUGCCUCCAUCAAAGGUGGCAUAUGUGGCAAAAGAGCUUUAUGACAUGGGCUGCUACGAGAUUUCACUUGGUGAUACAAUUGGAGUUGGCACUCCAGGCACUGUUACUCCAAUGCUUGAAGUUGUCAUGUCUGUCAUUCCUGUAGAGAAGCUUGCUGUCCAUUUUCAUGAUACAUAUGGCCAGUCUCUCGCAAAUAUUCUGGUCUCCCUCCAAAUGGGGAUCAGUACUGUAGACUCUUCUGUUGCGGGACUGGGAGGUUGCCCCUAUGCAAAGUGCGCUUCAGGAAAUGUUGCCACUGAGGAUGUUGUCUACAUGCUCCAUGGGCUAGGCAUAAAGACCAAUGUGGACCUGAGCAAGCUAAUGGCUGCUGGUGACUUCAUCUGCAAGCAUUUGGAGCGUCAGUCUGGGUCAAAAACUGCCAUUGCUCUGAGCCGGAUUACAGCAGAUGCCUCUUAGAUAUAAUUAAAAAUGAUACAAGGGGGUCAUCUAUUAUCUUAGUGAACUUCUUGUGGGCAAAUACAUCACAUAUACGGUCAAUAAUUGCUCUUGAGAAAAGAAACUCCAGUCAUCUGAUGGGCAAGCAAUCUUCCUGCUAUAUGUUCCGUAUACAAAUUAAAUUAAUGUAACCCAAACUCUGAAGGUUCAUAACAGGACCCAUGUAUACCAUCAUCAGCUUCAUUGAAGUGAAAUAUAUCAAUCUAUAUGUAGGAUUCGAGGUUGCCGGGUGCUUCAC